GUAGGGUAAUGGGAGUCAGCGGGCAAUGGGAGUCACCCACACCACAACGAAACACAACAUGAGACCGACGCGUAAACAGCGUCCUCAGCCCCCGCUUCGGGCCCCCGCACAGCCACGAACGGCUCCCGCCAGUCCACUCAUGCGCCACUGAGAAACGACCAUGUUUUGCUUUUGCACUUCGCUGAUGUAAUUUUUCGUAAAUGCAAAUUAGAAGAUGUCGAAAGUACGCGUCAGGACAACUGAAAAGGCUUCCUGGUCUUCUGAUAGUCUAAAUAAAGCUAUACAGCUCAUUGAUGGCGGUUCUUCUAUAAGAAAUGCUGCUAAAGUAAUGGGAAUCCCUUUUUCAAGCCUUCAGAAGAGUAUAAAAAAAGGUUCUACCUUAGCACCACAUCUAGGACGAUUUACUGUCUUUAGUCGUGAGGAAGAUGCCGAGCUAGCGAACUUGGUGAAGAAAAUUGCAAAUAUUUUCUAUGGUUGCACUGUUAAUCAAAUCAGAAGAGUCGCUUUCGAAUAUGCUGAAAAAUUAAAUGUGAAGCAUAAUUUUAAUCAAGCUUCAAAAAUGGCUACAAUGGCCAAGUAUUACAAGAACAGAACGAAACUUCUAUAUCAGAUGUUGGCACUGACGACUUAUGCCAGGACGAUGAGGAUGAUGGAUGACGCAGAAGAUGCUAGAAACAGAUGCCUAGUAUGCGACGAAUUCGGAAGAAAUAACGAGAUGUGGUACAGGUGUACCUCGUGUGGACUAUGGGCUCACGCGGAGUGCACUGGAUGGGAGUCAGCUGAAAGUUAUCUUUGCGACGUAUGCUAGAUUUUAUUUGACUCCGAUUGCCCCCAAGGUGAUCACCAUUACCCCUACGUUGGUGUAAUGGGAGUCAAAUCUGUUUUUUUUUUAAACUUUUAUAAUUUCCAAAGUUGAUUGCCAAAGUGACUGAAAUUGAUCUCUAAUGAUAGUUUAAUAAGCAAAUUAUGUUUAAACGCAGUUAUAAUAAAUACUUUCUUUUU